AUGGCGACUCAGGUCAGGAACGGCAACCAAGCGCUGUCAGCAGAGAUGCAGAGAGAGUGUCAGGAAUCUAUCGUAUUUCAUGUUGAAGAAAACCGAGUCUCGCAAACAGGAUCUCUACAGGGUCACAAGCAAUCGAUCUCAGGAGAUAGACUGUAUAAAUGUUCCCGAUGUGGUGAGAAUUUCAUACAUUCAGGGCACCUCAAGAUACACCAGCAAUCACUCCGAGAAAAGCGUCUGUAUAAAUGUGUGGAAUGUGGGAAGAGCUUCACAGGAUCGGGCAGUCUGCAGAUACACCAUCGAUCUCACACAGGAGAGAGGCCAUAUAAAUGUGCAGAAUGUGGAAAGAGUUUUGCAACGUUAGCUUAUCUCCAGAUACACUAUCGGUAUCACACAGGAGAGAGGCCAUAUGAAUGUGUUCAGUGUGGAAAGAGUUUUACACAAUCAGGAGAACUCCAGAGACACCAGCAAUCACACACAGGAGAGAAACCGUAUAAAUGUGCUGAAUGUGGAAAGCGUUUCACAACGACGUUUUAUCUCCAGGUUCACCAUCGAUCACACACAGGAGAGAAACCAUAUAAAUGUGCAGAAUGUGGAAAGAGUUUCAGAGCAACGGAUCGUCAAAUACACCAUCGAUCACACACUGGAGAGAGACCGUAUAAAUGUGCUGAGUGUGGAAAGAGUUUCACCUCGAGUAAUCUCCAGGUUCACCAUCGAUCACACACAGGAGAGAAACCAUAUAAAUGUGCAGAAUGUGGAAAGAGUUUCAGAGCUUCAGGAUCUCUCAGAAUACACCAUCGAUCACACACUGGAGAGAGACCAUAUAAAUGUGCUGAGUGUGGAAAGAGAUUUUUAUCCUCGAGUAAACUCCAGGGACAUCAUCGAUCACACACAGGAGAGAGACCAUAUAAAUGUGCAGAAUGUGGAAAGAGUUUCAGAGCUUCAGGAUCGCUCAAAAUACACCAUCGAUCACACACUGGAGAGAGACCGUAUAAAUGUGCUGAGUGUGGAAAGAGUUUCAUUGCUUCCGGAUCUCUCAAAAUACACCAUCGAUCACACACUGGAGAGAGACCAUAUAAAUGUGCUGAGUGUGGAAAGAGUUUUUUAACCUCGAGUAAUCUCCAAGGACAUCAUCGAUCACACACAGGAGAGAGGCCACACAAAUGUGUUCAAUGUGGAAAGCGUUUCACAACGUUGCGUUAUCUCCAGAGACACCGACAGUCACACACAGGAGAGAAACCGUAUAAAUGUGCAGAUGUGAAAGCAUUUCACAACGUCAGUUAUCUCCAGAGACACCGACAAUCACACACAGGAGAGAAACCUUAUAAAUGUGUUCAAUGUGGAAAGCGUUUCACAACGUCAGGGAAUCUCCAGACACACCAGCGAUCACACACAGGAGAGAAACCGUAUAAAUGUGCAGAAUGUGGAAAGUGUUUCACAAGGGCAGACAGUCUCCAGAGACACCAGCGAUCACACACCGGGAAAAGGCCAACAAAUGUGUUGAAUGUGGAAAGAGUUUCACAAAGUCAGGAGACCUCCAGGGACACCGACAAUCACACACGGGAGAGAAACCGUAAAGAUGUGUUGAAUGUGGAAAGAGUUUUAAAAGGCCAAGUUAUCUCCAGAGACACCAGCGAUCAUACAGCGGAAACAGACCAUAUAACUCUACUGAAUGUGAAAAUAAUUUUUCAAGGAAAUAGCACCUCCAAACUCACCAGCAGAUACACACAGGAGAGACUGUACAAUUAUGCCGAAUGUGGGAAUAAUUUUGCGGUGUCGUAUCAGAAAAAAAAAAGUUCUUUACCAGCGGAAAGCUUUCCAGGAGUCGAUACAGUUCAAAGUACGUACGAGAAGCUGCUUUGA